AAAUCAAAUUAUCAAAACUUUAUUCAGGUGCAUUCGCCUGUUUCGGGACAGAAGGAGUCAAUUUUGAAAAGGAGUUCCCUGGUAUGGAAGCGAGGUUACUGUCUCUAGAGGGACAAUUCUGGAUUCCUGGAUACAGAGAGCUGUUCGCCAGUAGUGGAGCAUGUGCUGCCACGAAGCGGGGUAUGGAAUCAUUACUAGGUCGCCCUGGUGGUGUUAUAAGUGUUUUAGUAGUAGGUGGAGCACCUGAGAGUUUAAACAGUGAUAAAGAGAAGAUCCGCCUGGUUUUGAAGAAAAGGAAAGGAUUUAUCAAGCUAGCACUGAGAUACGGAGUAAACCUAGUUCCAACCUUCUCAUUCGGGGAGGCAUUUAUUUAUGGACAGAUCCCUAAUCCUGAAGGAUCCCUGGUUCGUCGGAUCCAGGAUUAUCUCCAGCAUAUUGUUGGAUUCGCUCCAGUUCUAUUCUUUGGUAGGGGAGUUUUCCAGUACGCAUACGGAAUUGUGCCUUUUCGGAAACCUAUAACACUUGUAGUGGGUAAACCUAUUCUUGUACAACGUGUACAGAAUCCGAGCAAUGAGGAUAUUGAGAGUCUUCACUCCCGAUAUGUAUCUGAACUAACCAAGCUUUACUCCGAGUACAACCCAGUAUACGGAGAUGUUAAUGUUGAACUUGUUAUUACAUAAUACAUCAUGAUUUAAAACCUAAAUUUUAAUAAAUAGAUAACAAAUUAA